UCGGGAGAGCGAUCGCUUCUCCCUUUGCUUUUCCACGCGUUCCUCUGACGUGGAGCUUGGGGUGUGUGUGAGAGCCUGCAAGCAAGACAAGCGAGGGAGUGGGAAGCGAGGAGGGCACUGGGGAGGAAAAAUGCACGCCCGGGCACAGAGCUAGUGGAAGCAGGCACGGCGAGGAGCCGGAGCGAGGCCAGGAGUCCUGCCACGGGCCGCGGGGAGUGGAAAUUUACAGCUGCUUGUGAGCGCCUGUGCGCGUUGGGGCGAGCGUUCCCGCUGCCGCUGUACCGUACCAGCGGCUGCCGCCGGCUCGGCAGGCGAGGAGCAGGACGCGGAGUCGCGGAUCCCUUGUCGCCGCCACGCGUGGCCGAUCAGCCGUGGGGGAUAAAGGAGAGCUAAAUGGCAGGUAACUGAAGGUGGCUGCCGGCGGCGCGGGCUGCGGGAGGAGGCAGAGCUGUCUUCAGCACCUGGCCAUGGGGCUGCGCAGAGCUGCCUAGGAGCCCCCACCCUUCUGCACGCAGUGGUCCUCUUCUAUCCUGAAGGAAGAAAUCCAGGUGAAGAAAAGCCAUGCCUUUGUUUAGUAAAUCACACAAAAAUCCUGCUGAGAUUGUGAAAAUUCUGAAAGAGAACAUGGCCAUAUUGGAAAAACAAGAAAAAAAGACAGAUAAGGCAUCAGAGGAAGUGUCGAAAUCUCUGCAAGCAAUGAAGGAGAUUCUGUGUGGGACCACAGACAAGGAGCCACCUACAGAAAUCGUGGCUCAGCUGGCGCAAGAACUAUACAACAGUGGCCUUCUAGUGACACUCAUUGCCAACCUGCAGCUGAUAGAUUUUGAGGGCAAAAAGGACGUUUCCCAGAUAUUCAACAACAUCUUGAGACGACAGAUUGGCACGCGCAGUCCUACGGUGGAAUACAUUAGUGCCCAUCCACAUAUCCUAUUCAUGCUUCUGAAAGGCUACGAAUCCCCAAAUGUCGCCUUACGCUGUGGAAUUAUGCUGAGAGAGUGCAUCCGGCAUGAACCCUUGGCCAAAAUCAUACUGUUUUCAGAACACUUUAGAGACUUUUUUAAGUAUGUGGAAUUGUCAACGUUUGAUAUAGCUUCUGAUGCCUUUGCUACGUUCAAGGACCUGUUAACACGACACAAAUCAUUGGUAGCAGAAUUUCUGGAACAAAAUUAUGAUGUGAUCUUUGAAGACUAUGAAAAACUCCUUCAUUCUGAAAACUACGUAACCAAGAGACAAUCUUUGAAGCUGCUGGGCGAAUUGAUUCUGGAUCGACACAACUUUGCUAUCAUGACAAAAUACAUCAGCAAACCAGAAAACCUGAAGUUAAUGAUGAAUUUGCUGCGAGAUAAAAGCCCCAACAUUCAGUUUGAAGCAUUCCAUGUGUUCAAGGUUUUUGUGGCCAGUCCAAACAAAACACAGCCAAUUGUGGAGAUCCUGCUGAAAAACCAACCCAAGCUAAUUGAGUUUCUGAGCAAUUUCCAGAAAGAGAGGACGGACGAUGAACAAUUCACCGAUGAGAAGAACUACCUGAUUAAGCAAAUCCGAGACUUGAAAAAGCCGACGGCGUGAAGGACUCCUCUCCUUUUCCACUGUAGGCAUUAAUCUCAUCUGUUAAGUUCCUUUGUGUCCCUUAAACACCAUAAUAGUGCUUGAGAAGGCACAGCAAGUGCCUGGGCGUUAUCUUGUCUUUGUUCCUAGAUUAUCAAGAGUGUAGGGGUCUUACAUGAAAACUAAAAACCCAAACCCCACAAAAAGCUAGAAUAAUAUAUUGGUUUUAAUCAAGACUAUAAUUAUUUAUGUCAGUUUAGAAUCUGUAAUAGGAGCUGGUUUGAUGGGUUUUUAUUUGUGCUCAAGAAGUAUGAACCUCUUUGCCUAACUUUAUCAGCAAACUCAAGACGUUGGUGAGUGCACAGAGUAGGUCUUCUGAGGACUGUAACACUGUUCCUUUGCACCUGUAAUUGUGACUUUGUUCUAGUGCUGCACACACACAAGACUGUGAAAGAGUACAUUUGACUCUGGAGUUAGCUGCACUUACAGACAGGGUUCUUCAGUUAAGGCAGCAGGAGAUGAAAAAGCAGUGAAGGUCACGUUUUUGCUUCAUUUUUGUGUUCUGUCACCUUCAAGUUUUCCUUUCCUCUAGAUCAGAGGUUCUCUAUUCAGUGCUAGGGAAUGGAUGAAGACAUCAGACAGAUGAGCUGUUUCUGCCUGCCUCACAUUUUCCUGUAUGUGAUCAACCUCUGUGCUAGAGCACAAAGCUGUCCCUGCCAAGCAGAGUGACGCGGAGCUGCCCCAGGUACACGGUGCCCACGUACCCAUCAGUGGGAAGAAGGCAAGAGCAAUUUCUCUCUGCCAAGGUCCAUGCCAUACUGCCAGUGAAAUUGUCCUACACCUGCUAAAAUCAGCAAGAAGCCUGUCCCCAGUUUCAGCAGUGGGUGGUGGCCAGAGCCCUGUGGCUGAAUUGUGCCAAGCACUGAGCCUCAGCACCAGUGCAAGGAGAAGGAUCCACAGUGUCUUCCCAUCUGGUUUUAAAUCCCAGCUCCGCAAGAUGGGGUUGUGCUGAGUUCAGCAAGGGGAUGCUGAAACGGCCUCAGCCUGAACCUCUGAGUGGCCUGGGGUUCUUGAGUCUGCAGGUGCUCUUAAAGCUGAGAGCAUUUGAUGGAUUCCUAAGUCAAAAUGGGAGGUCAUUUAGCAGCCUUAGGCACCAGAGCCUACAUGUAGUCUGGUGGGUUUUCGCCUUGUUUGUCCCAGUGUGAGUUCAGGUUUUGUGCAGAAGUUGUAGAAGGGGAAAUUGUUGCACUGUUAAUGAUUGAAAUUUAAUAAGCUGUGGUCCAAACAGUGUUUCCCAGGUGUGUUUGAAGAGUUUUUGGGGUCUUUUCAUUUUCUAUCAGGAAAUUAGUAUGUUAGACUGAUGCUUUAAUAGGAAGUGGAGUUUGAGAGCAGGGAGUGGAAAUGUCUUGAAUUUUUCUGAGUUUUCUAAUUUGUUAGAAGAGAGUUGUCUAGCUAAAAGUGUAGCAAAUGCCCCAGAUAAAAAGGUGACACUGAGUUGUAAACACAAAAUGAGAUUUUUUUCCUUCAUUAAAACAUUAUAUCCUGGGGUGACCGCUGCUUUAUGUGCUGUAGAAAAGGGGUGAAACAGAACAGACUGUGGACUCAUGCUUUGGGUCUCUUUUCAGAGGUCAGAUAUACACAACAAAUGUACUUCUCAGUUGCCUGGGAUUAAGAAAAAUAUAUAGUUGCAAGCUAUUAAAGGCAUGAUUACUGAA